CAUUCACAGCGACAGAAAAUACAUGCUGUACCUUGCUAUAUUAGCCACCAAGGGGGCUCCUUAUUGCUAGCUAAAAAAAUAAACAAUUAAUUGUGAGACAGAAAGUGACAGCUUGUGCAUGGAAUAAAUGAACGCAUUAUCUGUGCACAACCCRGAGCGUUUUUAUUUUUUUAAUUUUUGGUUUCUGCUCGUCAUGAAUUAAAACGAGGUGUCUGUGAAGAAAUACUUUGUUUCUUGAGGGGCCAGAGAGGUUUGAGUUCCUUCUUCAGCAAGUCUGGAAGAUGUUGAAGAAAUGAUAGCAGCGCAGGAUUUGCAUGCAGAGUUUCAGUUUCCUCAAGAUGCAGAAUCUCAGCUGUCUUCAGAUACUGAACUUGAGGAUCCUGAUGGAAAAAAUGCRAGAGCAGGAAGGGGAAUGGCAGCCAAGAGGGGAAGGAAGGCAAYGGGAGAGAAGGCCAAAGGUGCAGGAACAGGAAGAGUCGCUGGUACCGGCUGGGUGAACGGCCAUCAUCAGGAGAACAUGAUGGAGAAUAUGACYUUAUUUGAAGUGGUUAAAAUAGGAAGGAGUGCCACACAGUCUGUUGUUGACGACUGGAUUGAGACCUACAAACAAGACAGGGACAGUGCUCUCUUGGACCUAAUCAACUUCUUCAUUCAGUGCUCUGGCUGUAAAGGUGCUGUGAGCGGAGAGAUGUUCAGACACCUGCAGAAUUCUGAAAUCAUCCGAAAAAUGACAGAGGAGUUUGACGAGGACAGCGGCGAUUAUCCACUMACACUCUCAGGGCCACAGUGGAAGAGAUUCAGGAUAAACUUCUGUGACUUCAUCGCAGUCCUCGUGCGUCAGUGCCAGUACAGCAUCAUUUACGACGAGUACAUGAUGGACACGGUCAUCUCACUGCUCACUGGCCUGUCUGACUCACAGGUCAGAGCAUUUAGACAUACAAGCACACUAGCAGCCAUGAAGCUGAUGACGGCCUUGGUGAACGUCGCUCUGAACCUCAGCAUUAAUAUGGACAACACACAGAGACAGUAUGAGGCAGAAAGGAACAAAGUAAUUGCGAAAAGGGCCAAUGAUAGGCUGGAGCUUUUGUUACAGAAGCGGAAAGAGCUUCAAGAAAAUCAAGAUGAAAUUGAAAACAUGAUGAACGCUAUUUUCAAGGGAGUAUUUGUUCACAGAUAUCGCGACGCCAUUGCUGAAAUUCGAGCUAUUUGCAUUGAGGAGAUUGGAGUCUGGAUGAAGCUGUACAGUGAUGCCUUCCUCAAUGACAGUUACCUGAAGUACGUUGGCUGGACAAUGCAUGACAAGCAAGGUGAGGUGCGGCUGAAGUGCCUGACUGCCCUGCAGGGUCUGUUCUACAACAGAGAACUCGGCUCCCGGCUGGAGCUCUUCACGAGUCGCUUCAAGGAUCGCAUUGUGUCUAUGACUCUGGACAAAGAGUAUGAUGUUGCAGUGCAAGCUAUAAAACUUCUGACACUUGUUUUACAGAGUAGUGAUGAGGUUCUGACUGCAGAGGACUGUGAGAGUGUGUAUCAUCUGGUUUACUCSGCACACCGACCCAUCGCUGUUUCAGCAGGAGAGUUUCUGUUCAAGAAGCUCUUCAGCCAUCGAGGUCUAGAUGAGGAUGGGUUACCCAGGAGGGGCAGGCAGAGCCUCAACGGCAGUCUCAUCAAAACCACCGUCUUCUUCUUCCUGGAGAGCGAGCUCCAUGAGCACGGGGCCUACCUGGUGGAUAGCCUGUGGGAGUGUGCCUCGGAGCUGCUGAAGGACUGGGAGACCAUGAUCAGCCUGUUGCUGGAUGAACCCRUGCCAGGAGAAGAAGCUCUGACCGAUCGGCAGGAGACCGCUCUGGUGGAGCUCAUGCUCUGUGCGAUUCGGCAGGCUUGUGAGUGCCACCCUCCUGUAGGCAGAGGCACAGGGAAGAGGGUCCUGACUGCGAAGGAGAAGAAAACGCAGCUGGAUGAUCGGACACGGGUCACAGAGAUGUUUGCAGUUGCUUUGCCUCUAUUGUUAGCAAAGUACUGUGUUGAUAUUGAAAAGGUGACCAAUUUACUACAAAUACCAAAGUACUUCGAUCUUGACAUCUACACUACAGGCCGGUUAGAAAAGCACCUGGACGCCUUGUUGCGACAAAUCUGGGAGGUUGUUGACAAACACACAGACGUUGAAGUUCUGGAGGCCUGUUCGACCACYUACCACUAUCUCCACAACGACGAGUUCACCAUCUUCAACCGCGUGGACAUCGCUUGCUCGCAACUUCUCGACGAAUUGGUAGACAAGUUCAACAGACUGCUGGAGGACUUCCUGCAAGAGGGUGAAGAACCAGAUGAAGACGAYGCCUACCAGGUCCUGGCAACACUUAAAAAGAUCAGCGCUUUUCACAAUGCACAUGAUCUCUCAAAGUGGGACCUCUUCACGAGCAACUACAGGCUGCUCAGCACCGGUCUGCAGAAUGGUGAUAUGCUUGAGCAGAUUGUGAUUCAUGCGAUGCAGUGCACACAUUACAUCGUCCUGUGGAAUCUGACUAAGGUUUCAGAUUGCAGUUCUAUAAAGGGUGAUAUGGUGAUGCUGAGAAAGCAAAUGAGAGCUUUCUGCUUGAUGUGUCAGCGUUACCUAAACAGCAUCAACACUGCAGUCAAAGAGCAGGCUUUUACCAUACUGUGUGAUCUGCUGCUGAUCUUCAGUCACCAAAUGAUGUCAUCAGGCCGGGAGCAGCUGGAGUGUCUGGUCUAUGUGCCAGACUCCUCUCUGCAGGCAGAGCUGCUCAACUUCAUCCUGGAUCACGUUUUCAUCGAUCAGGAUGACGACGGCAACAGCACAGAUGGACAAGAUGAUGAAGCCAGCAAAAUCGAAGCGCUUCACAAGCGGAGGAACCUUCUUGCUGCUUACUGCAAAUUAAUCAUUUACAAUGUUGUUGAAAUGAAUACCGGCGCAGAUAUAUUUAAACAGUACAUGAGAUAUUACAACGAUUACGGUGAUAUAAUCAAAGAAACAAUGAGUAAAACAAGACAAAUUGACAAAAUACAGUGUGCAAAGACGCUCAUCAUGAGCCUGCAAAAGUUAUUUAAUGAGAUGUUGUCUGAACUUGGCUUCACGUUUGACCGCUCAUCUUCGUCCUUCUGUGGCAUUAAAGAGCUCGCUCGACGCUUCUCGUUGACGUUUGGUUUGGAUCAGCUGAAGACGCGGGAGGCUAUAGCUAUGUUGCACAAGAAUGGGAUCGAGUUUGCAUUUAAAGAACCAAGUCCUCAAGGAGAAGGGGGUCCGCCGCUUAAUCUAGCGUUUUUGGAUAUCUUGAGUGAGUUCUCAAGCAAGCUGAUGCGACAGGACAAGAGGACAGUUCACAUGUACCUGGAGAGAUUCAUGACAUUUCAGAUGGCUCUUCAGAGAGAGGACUGCUGGAUGCCCCUCAUCGCCUACAGGAACUCGCUUCAGGCUGGAGGAGAUGACGACACCAUGUCUGUCAUCAGUGGGAUCAGCAGUCGAGGGUCCGUCAGGAGUAAGAAGUCGAAACCAGCUUCUGCAAGCAAAAGAAAACUGCCUGAAGAGGAGAACAGCUGCAGCAGCAGUGAUGCGGUUUGGAUGAACCGUGAGCAGAGCGUUCCAACGCCCGUCAUGAUGCAUUCACCUCACCUCACUUCCACGGUGCUGAGGGAGCCGAAGAAGAUGAGGCCAGAGGACAGCUACACACCCACGUUCAGCAUGCCAGCAGAGCAGCAUCCUCAUCAAGCCCUUCCUCCACAACAGCACCCACUCCACCAACACCAGGCUGCCAUUGACUACAAUACCCAGGUCACCUGGAUGUUAACACAGAGGCAACAGGCUGAAGCCCGUCAGCACCAAGAGCGGGUUAACAUGCACUAUGCCAAGAUGAGGAACCACAUGCAGCAAGCAAUUCGUCGAGGGUCAGGAUUAAUGGAGGAUGAUGAGGAACCAAUCGUAGAGGAUGUGAUGAUGUCUUCAGAGGACCGCCUAGAAGACAUCAAUGAGGGCAUGGAUUUUAAUACGAUGGACAUCGAUUUGCCGGCAUCAAAGAAUCGAAGGGAAAGGACUGAGCUGAGAGCAGAUUACUUUGAUCCUUCUUCCAUAAUGGAUGAUUCGGUCCUCAAUGUUUCAAUGUUCUAACAUGAAUGGGAUGCAGAAUUAUCGAUCAGAUAAGGUUGGGCAAUGAAAUGACCGUUGUCUGUGAACUCUGUGAAGAGAAGUGAGAUGGACUACUACAACUGGCCUGUAAGACACAAAUAUCUUCAUCUUUUACGAUUUCAAGGGAGAACUUGAGCUUGGAUAUGAAAUUCUUGCUGUUUUCACACCAAACCUUUUGUCUGGCUGCAAGAAAAGGAAAAAAAAGGAUUCUGUUCUCAUUUGUUUGCCCUAAAAGCACUUUGGUGUCAACGAUGACAAGGCCAGACCUGCCACACUCGAUAUGGGAUGCUGCUCGUGUCGAAAGGUGCCAGUGCAGUGGCAGAUUUUAUAUUAUAAAGGGAAAAUAACAAGCUGAAAUACAAGACUACUAAUACAUUAAGUUGUUUUUGUUUUGAUUAAAAUGUUUUCACUUAGUGGCCAAUAUUUAGGAGGAAUGAACACAGUUUUAAAACUUCAAAACAAAAGUCUUAAUACUUUUAUGAUUUAGGACUAUAAUCAUAUCAAACGUCGCCGAAAUAGGUAAUAAAUCAGCUCAAAUGUAAUUAUACAGCCAUAUAUGUAGAGAUAAUUACAGGCUAAAUUCCAUGCCUCCCUAAUGCAAUGUCUACAAAUUAAACAUAAAGGAGUUUUAUAAGCAGCACUUAUUACACGACUACAGUCAGUGAUACUGUGUUCACUUGUCGUGGUAAAAUGUAGAUUUUGGCAUGGCAUGUGGCCAUAUAAUCAGAUCUGUGCACAGUAGAGUAUCAUUUGAACCGGCGUGUCAUACUGUCCAAAGGCCUUGGUAUAUAUAGCAUUCUCAGAUUUCUUUGUGAUGGUAUUUUUUAGAAAUGUGUGUUCUGCUUUUUAUACCUUAUAGAUAAAUUUUGAUUUAUAGCUAUUUUGUAUUGACAAUCAGAUGUAAAAUAAUUGUUUCUAAUCAUGUGAUUUCACACAGAUACUGAAAUAAUCCUUUUUAAUGGAAAUGGAAUGGUGUUACUAUAGAUAUGGCUGUAUGUUUCUAUUUUUCUUUAUCCUGUAAUUAAUAGGUGCAGAAUUAUUGCUUUAGACGAAUGUAGUUAUAUGACAAAUUGAUCAAAAAAAUGUUUUUCUAAAUAAUGGAAGCAUUUACAACACCAUGCCUAAAAUCUUGACCCAACAUAAAACAUUUAAUCUCUUCUCUUGACUAUUUUUUCCUCUUUGUAUAAUAACUAAUAUUAAAUAAUACAUAAAAUAAACACAUCAUAUUCACUUUUUACAUUUUGGAAACAAAAGGAUUUGAAAAAUAGUGAAGAAAGCAGUGUUGUUUAUUCUUUGUUUUGCUUUUCCUGUUUGGUUUGCAGUUGUGCAGAUGAUUUUUUAAAUAUAUGUUUACGUUUUGUUUUAGUUUUGUUUUUCACUGGUGACAUAUAGAAUUAUGCCAAACUACAAGGUCUUCGAAAUCUUUGGCCAAUUGUAGGAAUUGUAAAUUAUACAAUUACAAAUGUGUAAUAUUGUGUGAAUUGGUACUUAUCUUUUUGUUUUCACUUUUGUGGGAAUUUUAAAGGAAUAGCUAAAGCAAAAGAAUGUUUUUCUGACAUUAACCCACUAAUUUGCAACUGUGCAUGGUUAUCUUGUUUUCUGUGAAUUUGUUUCUUUGUCUUUGUGUACUGGCCUGGUUGGCAGAUAUUAUUCUCCAUUGUAGCUUGAAACAAAUCCCUAGUUUUCUCCAAAUGUUUCUGUAAACUACAGAAAACAUGAUGUGGACUUAAAAAUCCUUAUGUUCAUAUUAAAUAUUCAUGUUAGGCAACAGAGACGAGUACUUCAUAGAAAUGCCUGUAAAUCUACAUAAAUCGUGUCAUUUUUGAUCAUUUUUGUUUGUCAUCAAACUGCUGAACAUGUGCGUACAUAUGUAUGUUUAUACAUAUUUAAAUAUUUGCAUAUAUUAAAUUUGUGUUUUUAUUCUAUUUACAAAGUGCCCAUUGCAUCCUUUAAUAUUUGUAUUUAUGUCUGGAGAUGUAACAUAACCAAAUAAAUCCUCUAAAACUA